AUGCUGGCCAGACUGCGCAUGAUCCCGCAUAGUGCUCUCGAAGAAUAUAUUGGAAUCUCAAAUCGCGUUUACGGCCGCCCUAGGACAUUCCACUGUCGGCGAUUCCCUCCACUCUGGUCGCCAGAAAGGAAGUAUAGUACUUACGGGCUUGAACGCGCCAUCAGAGACCUAACCAGCGUGUAUAACAGAGGUGCAUAUGCUGGAAACCUAGAGGUCGUUCCCUUGACAUCGGACUUGGAUAUAUGCAGAACAAUUGUUGUCGCUCGUGGGGAGUCCAGGGCUGACCCAGACAAGAGACAUAUUCUCCGAAGUUACAGUCAUUAUCCCAACAAAGAGACUGGCAAUGCCCCUCUAAAUCCUGGUCCUAGUUGUGGUGCCUCUUUGUGGGAGGUGGGACACGCAACGAUGGCAGCACCAACCUAUUUUGAAAAGCAGGAGCUAGGAAGCUGGAGCUUCAAAUAUGGAGGAAUGCGUGCUUCAAACCCCACUGAAGACGCCGUCCAUGAACUACAAUUGUUAGAGCCAAUGCAGCCCCCAACGGUGGUCGUAAGCAUUGGGACAGGCGCCAGGCAUCACACGUCGAUGGGAAAUGGGGGUGUGGCGAACAUGCUCGCGCCUUUCAGGGGACUACUGGCAGCAAUAGGAGAUACCGACAAGGUCAACCGGAAAGUUGAGAAGCAACUAGGGCGUGGGAGUUCCUACUUCCGCAUCAACGAUCGGUCUGGUGAUUGGAACCGGGUGAUAAUGGAUCAGUGGAUUCCCUUGUUUGAAAAUGAAAGAAAACAAAGUCCAGGUCAGCAGACAAUGGGUGAAAUGCGGAACAUCGUGGAGAAAUAUCUGAAGGGUGGUGGCCAAGAAGAAAUGGAGCGAUGUGCUGAGAAACUUGUCAAACUGCGCCGCAGAAGAUUGUUGGCAGACCCAGAUCGUUGGGAGAGAUUUGCAUUGGUUUCGACUUUCCACUGUCCAAGCUGCCCUAAUAUCGAUACGUUUACUAGUCGUGCCGCGUUCGAGCGUCACUUUGAAAACAAUCAUCCGGGAGCAGAGUUGAACAUUGACCGAUACAAAAAUAUUUGGUCGUACGAGGGCCAGAGGAGGUCGUCGUGGUACAUUCCGUAG